GCAAUAUGUGCGCCCAGUCUCUGCUGUCUUCACAGAUAAGAAAAUACACAGAAACCAACCCCUAAUCUUCCUCUUUCUUCUUAAGGCCAAACGCCCACCUUCAGCUGCUCCACAAACCACGCCCCUUCCUUUCAGCUCUCAACCAGUCCGCAAACCUUCCUUCCUAGUUCUCAGCCAAGCAGCUCGCCAAGAUGUCGUGGCAGACUUACGUCGAUGACCACCUCAUGUGCGAAAUCGAAGGCAAUCACCUCUCUGCUGCAGCCAUCAUCGGCCACGACGGCAGCGUUUGGGCUCAGAGCGCUACCUUCCCUCAGUUCAAGCCUGAAGAAAUUACUGGCAUCAUGAAGGAUUUCGAUGAGCCUGGUUUUCUUGCACCCACUGGGUUGUAUCUUGGAGGCUCAAAGUACAUGGUGAUUCAGGGUGAGGCUGGAGCUGUCAUUCGAGGAAAGAAGGGAUCUGGUGGUGUUACCAUUAAGAAGACGGGUCAGGCAUUGGUCAUCGGCAUCUAUGACGAGCCAAUGACUCCCGGGCAGUGCAACGUGAUAGUGGAAAGGCUCGGGGACUAUCUCGCCGAUCAGGGUCUUUAAUCACCUCGUUUUUUCUUAUCUUUGUUAUUUAUCCCUGUCCUCCUGGCAUCUAAUACAAAACCUUGCCUCUGUCCGACAUUAUUUAGUAGCUUAAGGUCAAGGGGAACACUGUGUGAAAAGGAAAAAAAAGAAAGAUGGGAGUUUGAUUGAUGGUUGUUUUGGAUCUUGAUGGAUUUGAGUCUCUUCCUUUGUACUAUUUUGAUGAUGGUAUUAUCAUGAUGAUUGUCUAAAUUACAUUUUGGGGUUUGUUAAUCGAAUCGACGGGAUUGGUUUUUGGUUGUCACUAAGUAUUGCUUCAUUAUGGCUGCAUUCUUUUGCGUUUCUUGUUUGUUUGGUAUCUAUAUGGUAAGAAUAGGAAUGCUUUCUGGGUGUGAAGAAGAUA